CCGAGUCGCAGCAAGGGGGUGUCCUUGCCACAACAUGAUCCGUUCCCCAGCAUUGUGAGCUUAUUUCCUUGGCUCUGGGUCUCCGAUCCUUUCACUCGGGCAUCUUGUAUACUUAUUUAACCUCUCCGCUGCUCAUGCGUCUCAUCGUGGAUAGUAUCUCAUCGUAGCAGUCGAAGACCUCUUUCAUCUCACUCACAUCUUGAACACCUCUCGUCGCUGUUCAUCACCUCAGCAUCAGAGUUCACACCGCAACCAUGUACUCAAACGUCUUCCUCCUUCGCUGGGCAGCCACAUUAUUGGCGUCAACCACUGCAGUCUACGCCGCCCCCGCGCAGCAAGCCCCGGCACUGCACACCAGAGCCGACUUCAACAUCCUCGUCGGCGGCAAUGUCUCCCUUCGCCUCAUGCCCCUCGGCGCCUCAAUCACCUACGGCCUAACCUCUCCAGACGGCAAUGGCUAUCGCAAGGUCCUUCGCGACCUCCUCGUCGCCGACGGCAACCCCGUCGACAUGGUCGGCAACCACCCCAACGGCACAAUGGAGGACAACGAUAAUGAGGGCUGGUCCGGCUUCCGCAUCGAACAGGUUCUCGCAAAGGCAAAGAUCUCCGUCCCCGAGACGCUGCCGAACCUAGUUCUCAUCAACGCCGGCACGAACGACUGCGCGCAGAGCUACGACACGGAUAACGCGCACGUCCGGAUGCUCGAGAUGAUGGAUUACAUCUGGGAUACCUCCAAGCGCGCCACCAUCGUCCUCUCGACCCUCCUCGUAAACGGCAACAACAACACCGAAGCAUGUGUCCUCAAGGUCAACGAGCAGUACAAGACGCUCGCCUCGGAGCAGCAGGCGCUCUCUAAGAAGGUCGUACUCGUCGACAUGCACUCCGACAAGGGCCCGCUCAAGAGCGAUCUCGUCGACGACACUCACCCGAACGAAGCGGGCUACUCAAAGAUGGCGUACAUCUGGUUCGACGGCAUCAAGGACGCUGCAUCGCGCGGCUGGCUUGAGUCUCCUCAGCCUAUGCCUGAUAGCAAGAGGGCCGAAUGACUCAAGAAGAUUGCGCCGCUGCUCUACAUCGUGUUCCGCUUCGCCGGAUACCCAGAGCCGUCGAGCUCAUAAUGCGCACAUCAUGAACGAAAAAGGAGGAGUAAGGCAUCAUAUAACUGUAAUGUUACUGCAUCAUCACUCUGCAGAUUAAUUAGCAAAAUCAUCAAAACGGCGUUCGGGAUGGGUCGCAAAAGGCCUGGAGGAUAUUUUGUAGUUUCAAUCUUCAGACACAUUGGACACAA